AUGUCAUCUCAGAAUCUACGAGCAGCCUGCGCUGAUCCAGCUUCACUGUUUGACCGUUCAGACGAGGAGCUGAUACACUGCGUGCGCAAGGAAUUUCCGCAAGAAUUCGACCGUCUGCGCCGCGCAUGUUCCAUCCGAGAUGAUCCCUGGACGCCUCCAAGCACCCCGUCCCCAUCCUCCAUCUUGUACCGCAAAGACCACGAUGAAGUGAACCGCACAUUGGUGGGAAUCCUAGCACUCCGCUGGCUUCAUACUGGACAGUAUGAGACCUUCAUCGGUUCGCAGCCAUCCGAAUGUCAACUGACGCGAGCCUCGUUCGACUGGAUCCGUCAAUUCUAUACCAAAACCAUCACAGACGCCGACGAACUCUUCACUCUGAUUACCUCACUCGUCAUCAAGAAUCUAGGCAAAGAUCCGCAUUUCGCACUCGACUGCCGCGCGAAGACUGGCAAUGACAUCUCCGCUCUCAACCACGACGCCAUCCUUCUCGCGGCAUGCAAAGCCAGCCUGGUUCCAUCGCUGGCCCAGCUUUCAGAGAAAAACAGGGACGACGUUCUCCGCACAAUCGAACUCGGCGCGUCUUUCAACUUCGGCCAACUCGCCCAGGCUGAGAACGCCCCCGUUUCCCUGGGCGGUUUACGCCGCUUGAAGGACCACGAGCACUCCUUCCGGCUCCGCUUCAUGCUACAGUUGAUUGAAGUCGCUGGUGCGGCGGGCCACAUGGACUGGACGUGCGCCAAAAGGCUUACCCAGCCUGUUUUCGAGUCCUAUCGCGCUGUCUACGAUGCUUGUGAGGGUGUUAUUGCGGGUACUCUGAGUGUCCGCAAUGCGUAUGACAUGGUUCUAAUUCGACGCGGAGAGGCUCUCCGACAGGAUGGGGUGCGAUUGUUCAAUAUCGAGAAGAAUCCGGAUGAUCGGGCGUUGAUGCGGUUGUUCUGUAUGGGCAAUGUGACUACGAACGACAAGGCGCUUUUGUAUGAAGAUGCCUGGCGUGCUUUGGAGGACCCGGUUAGAGAGUCUCUCAGGGAUGCUCUUAACCUCGACGGUAAGAGGGGCGAGCCUGCUGUCCAGCCGACAUAUAUGCCUGCUCUGCUUGACCGUACGCCGGAUGUGGAUUACUUGGUCCGUACCCUCUGCUACCUUGCUCGGGUUAUGAAUGCUAGGGAUGUCGAGGAUCCUUCGGCUUUGGUUAUAGAGCGGAGUAUGUAUGAUGUUUUGGAGCAGGUUGUUGACAGUAAGGAGUUUCGGAAUGACCCGUCCUUGUUGGAGAAGGUCGAUGUGCCUGAUGGUGUGGUUGUUUUGAACACAGCCAUGGUUUAA